AUGGCUUUCCCGCGAACUCAGUUUUGGCUAACCACUGGCAUACUACACACCAUCGUUUCGGUGGCUACACAGGUGGCCAUAUCUCGGCGAGUGCAGAGAUACAAGCUCGCAUUGCGCGGGCGUCAAGACGCCGAAAACAGGCGAACAAGCUCGACCUCGAACCAGUCAACGCCAAUGAUAUGCGGAUGGAGUGUAGACGCAUCGUAGAACGCGUUUUCGUUUGAAGUUGGCGUCUUGUAUGAGAGUAGAUGUGACAGAUUUGCGUAGAAUAGGGUAUAAUGUUAUCAUGGACGGAGAAGAAAGGGCUUUUCCAACACGGAGAUGAAGCAUGGAUCAAAGCAUUUGUUGGAUUUCAGCUUUUACAAGCGGACAUCAACGCAGUAGUAUUUUAGUAAGCUUACGAACGCAUGUAGGAUGCCAUGAGGAUU